AAAAGCUUGGGAAAAAAGAUGGUGCCUUACCGUGUGGCUGGGAGAAUAAUAAACCCCUUUACUCCACAACCCCCCCACUUCCUACCCACUCUGCCUAUAAGCUGUAUGGCCCUAAUGGGGUCAGGCAGAUGGGUGGGGACCAUGCCGGGUUUCACUGAGACAGAUAGUGUCUAGCUGUGUGCACGUGAUCAGAUGCACAUGCCUGGGGUUUUGAAUUAUGUCGUGUUUGGCAUCGUUUAUUUCAGCCAGCGUUAAUUUCCUCCUGGAUUUCCCAAACCAGUGGCUACCAUGACAACAGAGGCAAGCGCCGUGAGUGAGGCAGACACCGAAGGCAAGCAGAAGACCAGAGGGGCUUCGCCUGAGUCCGAAUCUGAAUCGGGGAACAAGCAGGGGGCAGCAGCAUCCGAGCAGGAAGGGCAGCUUUCCAGCAAGAAGUCCCAGGAGGAGGCCGCCGAGCCUGGGCCGGCAGAUGCAGUUUCCUCCCCUGAGGAGGAGCAGCUGAAGCCUCGAACCAGAACUUCUGCCGGGAAAGGCCUGUCGCGCCUCUUCUCCUCAUUCCUGAAACGCCGCUCGCAGUGUUCUGAGGGCGAGGGGUUUGAGGCCGAGAAGGCCAGAGAAGAAAAAGAGGAGAAAGUCGACAAACCAGUCGAAGAAAAGGUGGAAGAAGUGACGAGUGAAGAUAAGGAGACAAAAGCUGAGGAGGAAAAAUCAGAAACCAAAGAAGUUAAGAAGGAGGAAGAAGAAAAAAUAGAAGAAAAGGAGGAGAAAAAGAAGGUGGAAGAAAAGGUUGAGAAGAAAGGAAGUAAAAAGAAAAAGAAAGAAGCAAAAAAGAAAGUUGAGGAAAAGAAUGAAGGAAAAGUAAAGGACCAGACAAAAAAAGAAGAAAAAUCGGAAAAGAAAGAGGAAGAAAAACAGGAAGAGAAGAGAAAGCAAAGUGUAGAAAAGGAGGAGGACAAACCAGAAUCAAAAGAAGACAAGAAAGAAAGUGCUGAAGUUAAAGAAAGAGCUGCCCAGGCUGGAAAGAAAGGAGAAGGAAAGGUUGACAAGAAGGAGGCCAAGAAAAAAGAGAAGGAGGAAAAGGUAAAGAAAAAGGAAGAGGAGAAAGCAAAAAGGAAAGCAGAGGAAGAGGAAAGAAUAAAAAAGAGAGAAGAAGAGAAAGCAAAAAAGAAAGAGGAGAAGACAAAAAAGAAAGAGGAGGAGAAGGCGAAGGAGGAAAAACCUAAAAAGGAGGAAAAGACUAAAGAAAAGGGUAAGAAGGAGGAGGAGAAAGCAAAGGUGGAAAAACCUAAAAAAGAGGAAAAAAUAAAAGAAGACAAGUCCAAAAAGACGGAGGAGGACAAAACAAAGGAGGAAAAGUCCAAAAAGGGGGAGGAGGAGAAAGCAAAGGAAGAAGAGGUAAAAAAGACAGAAAAGGAAUCUAAGAAGGAGGUGGAGACGGUAAAAGAAGAGGUUAAGGAGGAGGAGGAUAGAGAAGAAGGAAAGCAACAGAAGGAAGAGGAAAAGAAGAAGAAAAAAGACAAAGGGAAGAGCAAAGGAAAGAAGGAGGUGAAAAAGGAGGAGCUGCUGAAGGCGCCGAUCGCUGAUCCAGAACCAGAACUGAAAACUGAGCUGGACGCUGAACAGGCUGCAGAUCAGCACUCCGUCAGUAGCGGAGAGACCCAGCCAGCUCCAGAGGAGCCAAAAGAAAAAUCAGAAAUAAAGGAAGAGCCUGAAGAAGAGAAAAAGGAGGACACCAAGAAAACGGAGGAGAAACCAGCAGAACAAGAGGAGGCGGUCGUAGGAGAGGAAAAAGCAAAGCAGGAGACGAAGAAAGAGAAGCCUGUGAAGAAGAAGGAACCAGAGAAGAAGGUGGAGGAACCCAAAGGCGCCAAACAUCUCCGAACCAUGCAGUGCAAAGUGUCUUUGCUGGACGACGCCCAGUUUGAGUGUGAACUCGAUAAACAUGCUAAAGGCCAAGAGCUCUUCACAAAAGUGUGUGACCAUGUCAACCUCAUGGAGAAGGAUUACUUCGGCCUCGCCCACUGGGAAAGCCCAACCAGCAAGACGUGGUUGGAUCUCACCAAAGAGAUUCGAAAACAAGUCCCUGGUGCUGUUUAUGAGUUCACGUUCAGCGUGAAGUUCUACCCUCCUGAUCCAGCACAGCUUACCGAAGACCUCACCAGGUACUUUUUGUGUCUCCAGCUCAGAAAGGACAUUAUGCAAGGCAUUCUUCCUUGUUCCUUUGUCACGUUGUCCCUGCUGGGCUCCUACACGGUCCAGUCGGAGCUGGGAGAAUAUGACCCAGAGAUCCACGGAACGGACUACGUUAAAGAUCUGAGCCUGGCCCCCGGACAGAGCAAAGAGCUGGAGGAUAAAGUGAUGGAGCUGCACCGUACCUACAGGUCGAUGAGUCCAGCCCAAGCCGACCUGUUGUUUCUGGAGAAUGCCAAGAAACUUGCAAUGUAUGGAGUCGACCUGCACCAAGCCAGGGACCUCGACGGCGUGGACAUCACUCUGGGCGUCUGCUCAAGUGGCCUGAUGGUCUACAAGGACAAGCUCCGGAUCAACCGCUUCCCUUGGCCCAAAGUGCUGAAAAUCUCCUACAAACGGAGCAGCUUCUUCAUCAAAAUCAGGCCGUCGGAGCAGGAGCAGUACGAGAGCACCAUCGGCUUCAAGCUGCCCAGCUACAAAGCCUCAAAGAAGCUGUGGAAAGUUUGUGUGGAGCAUCAUACCUUCUUCAGGGUCCAGUCAGUGGAGCCCCCAACAUCUCGCCGCUUCCUCGUUCUGGGCUCCAAGUUCCGCUACAGCGGUCGAACCCAGGCCCAGACCCGACACGCAAGCUCCAUGAUCGACCGCCCUGCACCUCGCUUCACACGCUCUGCUAGCAAAAGGCUAUCGCGCAACUUGGACGGAGCUGGAGAAGAGACGCUGCAGUUCCUGCAGCAGCUCUCAGCAUCAACGCGGUCUGACACAGAUGAUUGGUCAAUAAUAACCGCACGCGAUAAACCUCUGCUUUCUCCUGAACCCACAGCCAGAGGGGAGUCAGAGCAGGCUUUUACUCAGUCCUGGGAACAGGGACGGUCUGUGCGCACAGCCGCAGUAACCCAGCAGGGCACCGAGACCCAGCCGGGUCAGGCGGUGGUGGUCGACCAACAGCUGCAGACGAGAAGAGGCGAGGAGUGGUCUGACCUUCUGUAUCUACAACGUUCUCUUCCCAAAGUCCCAUCUUUUGAUUUUACUGACCAACCAGCCGACCCCGGCGUGGUACAACCGUCCUCUUUGGAUUGGCAGCUGCAGCCUGCACAGACGCUCCGAGACGAUUGGUCUGUGUACUUCGACCGAAUCGUCAGCCUGACUGAAAGUGUUGAAAAGUUCUCUCCCACAGCGCAGUUCCAGCUCGACGUGAAGAAGAGGGGGGCAUCUGUGGCCACACAGGAAGUGAUUGAGCGGCUGCAGGAAACCGUAACUGUGAUAGUCACACGGCAGGAGGUGGAGGCUUUGGAGGGGAAGCUGAGGGAAGUGAGAGAUUUAGAGGAAAGGCUGCAGGAAGUUGGCGAGAUGGCAGAGAGGCUGCAGAAGAUGGUAGAGGGGGAGCUGGGGGAGGAGGAGGUGGAAAAGCUGAGAGCAGAAGAGGAGCUGGAGCGGCAACCCACAGUAGUGGUGAGGAGGGUGGAGGCUGGGGAGGAUGAGCUGGAGGAAGAAAUAAAGAAAGUGUUUCUUAAGGGAUUGUCUCCUGAAGAGGAAGAGGUGACAGAAGAACAUCCGUUAGGUGACAGUUUGAGGGAGAGACUAUGGCAGAUGGAGCAGGAGUGGCAGGAAGAAGUCCAGGAGAGGUCUGGCUCUGCGGAUGCCGCUGGUCCCUCCUCUGUGGCGGUUUAUCAGAAGGUGGUGCGUGUGGCGGAUGAGAGGGUGACCCUGAUAGAGAGGUGGAGGCAGGCGGGAGCUCGGGAGGAGGAUCAGGAUGAUUGGUUUGAGCUUUUCAACCGCCUUCCUUAUGUUGCUGCCUUCCAACCAGCAGUCGAUGCCGUGGAACGAGCUCAGGUGGGUGAGAGUGAGCGCCUCAGCGCAACGCUUGAAGGGAGAACACAGAUUAUAGUGGAGGAAAGGCGAAGCGGAGGGUCAGACCUGAGCGGGGGGUCUGGCAUCCUACAACAGCCAGCCGUCACUGGAACCAUCGACAACUGGUUCGUCUUGCUGGAGGUUCCUCUCAGAAAAGUGGCUUACGUACCACCAGAAGAAAGAAGUGUUGAAGUCGAAGAGAGGCAAAUUAAUCGAGAAGCGCAGAAACGUCUGGGGGAAAUCCACCAUCAGCUGGCGACACAGAUCAAUGACGACUGGUUUAUGUUGCUGGACGUCCGUCCUCGAGAAGCGAUAGUCAUGCCUCCAGGUACAGGCAAGGAGCCGCAAAGUCAGAGACAACCGUCGUCUUUGGGCUUUCCUCGCCAUCAGAGGGAGGAGGUUUCCGUGGUGGAAGUGAAAGCUGCGGUGCAGGAGGAGGACAGGGCCGAAGUUCUGGUGGGGGUGGAAUUAAAACUAAUCCCAGUGGAGGAUAAAGAUGACUGGUUUGUGUUGCUGGAGUUUCCUGCUAGAGAACCCAGAGUUUCCGUGGCUGAGUAUGUUUCUCCCAAGGGAAGUAUAAAGGCUGUGACUGAGGCUCGGAGCAGAGAGGCGGUAGAGGUAGUGAUGCAGAUAGAGGAGGAGCAGCUUCCACAGCUGAGACUCCUUCCACCAGUAGGAGAGGGAGGAGAUGACUGGUUUCUGCUGCUGGAUGCAGCCUCUAGAGAGGGCACGUGUGUGUCUCCUCCAGUUUUUGUGACACGAUCGGCUAAAGCUCAUGCAGGUGUUGCAGCUGUAGCAGGAGUAGCCCACGAGAAGGCGAAUCAGGCUGACUUUGACCAGACUAGACCUCCGCCGUUGCAGCCACUGCCACAGAGACACGAUGGCUGGUCUGCUCAGUUUGAGGCGGUUCAUGAAAAGCCGAUCGUGUCACCAGCAGUUGGGAUUAUUCAGGAUGUGAAGGUGGCAUCCGAGCUGGAGGUGAAUACCACCGAGACCAGACGGCGCGAGGAGGUGAUAAUUGACACGAGAGGCAAGCAAGAUGGGAUUCGUUUUACUGAAAUUAGAAUGAACCAAAUAGCCUCGCUGUUGAGCUCAGAAGGAGAGGACGAUUGGUUCGUUCUGCUGGAUUUCACACCAAUAAAGCCCACGAUCACGCCGCUGCCAGCUGCCGGGGUUCAGAGUGCCGUCCACAUAACAGAACCCAGACCCCAAAUUAUCAUGGAAGACACGAGGCCACCGGCGACGUCGGUUGGUCUGCAACAGUGGAGAAAAGUGGAUGAUGAUUGGUUUAUGCUGCUGGACGUGGCGGCUAAAGUCUCAGUGGCUGUGGGAGAGCGCUUUGGUCCCGGAGUGAAAACGGAGCAGCGGCUUGAGGUCACAGAGAAGAAAACACAGAAGAGGAUAACUAUAGUGGAAGAGCGGUGGCGGCAGAAGGAAGUGGUGCGGCCACCUCCUCCACCACUGAGAGAGGUGGAGGAGGACUGGUUUGUGCUUCUGGACUGGCCUCAUAAGAAAUCAGUCGCUGCCCGCGACCACGUUCAGAUCCCAGCAGAGGUCAGAGUUCAAGCUGCUGCAACGCCAGCAAGGAUCGAUGUUUCUGAAAGGAAACCACAGUUUGCGAAGCGGAUCCUGGAGGAAAGGCUUCCUCUCACACACUCACACGUCACUGAUGAUUGGUUUGUUCUGCUCGAUGUUGAUGUCAGAGAAUCAGCUGUGAGCACACAGAGAGGCAUGCGUCCGGUCAGCGCUCCAGUCUUCUCCCAGGCUGCUCUGGCUGAAGCGGGGAUCCCCAUGGCUCUCCUGGACCAGCCUCAGACCUCCACUCCCAUUAAGACCAGCCGCCAGGAGGACAGGAAGCUGGAGGUCACCGUGGAGGCUGUAGAGCCAUCUAAAACCGAGGUCGAGUCAGGAGUCAAGCCAGCAGCAGUGUGGGGGGAGCAGAGAGAAGUUCAGUCCUCGCUCAUCUCCACCAUCAAUGGGGACAUUCAGCAUGAGUCUGAGUCUGAGAAGACGAGCAUGGAGGGUGUACGAAUGCGAAAGAAAAGAGCAAAGAAAAUUGAGGGUGACUCGAUUUAUAUCAGACAUAGCCUGUUAAUGCUGGAGGAGUUCGAUAAGCCCCAGGAGGAGCUCAUCAGUCACCACGCCAGCAUCAGCCAGCUGAAGAGGAACUUCAUGGAGGCUGUCCCCGAGUCCCGGCCGAGCGAGUGGGACAAGCGUCUGUCCACACACUCUCCGUUCCGUACUCUGGGGAUCAACGGUCAGCCUCUGCCCAGUGCAGAUGGGAGUGUGUGCAUUAGUCCGCUUUGCAAAAGUUCAGAGACUAAAGCUUCUCACGAGGGAACCAGCAGUAAUCUGGGUUUUUCAGACCCGCCCAGUCCCACCGUGAGCCACGAGAGUGAGCCUGAAAGCGUUGAAGCUCUCAGCGCACCCGAGGAGGCAGAGGAGGAGUCGCGCAGUCAUGAGGAGGUUGUAGUGUUUGAGACGCUCUCUGUGCCAGUCGUAGAGGUGGCCCAACUCGUUCCUUCCUUCGAAUCCUUCUGCAAAGCUUUAGAUGAAAUCCAGGAGGAGGAAGCGUUGUGUCCUGGAGCAUCGGAGCACUCUGGCAGAAUAGUCGGAUCUUCGCCGGCUUCGUAUUUCCGGAGCAAUGGUCCACAGGUCAUACGCUGCUUCCAGCCCCCUCUGGUGCAGACCCAGACUGUCACCAUCACAGCUGUUUCCAACUCCCUGUCCAGCGACAUCUCCACCACAGAGGUCCCUAUCAUCCCAACCAAGACCUUCACCUAUGAGUCUUCUAAGGUGACCGAUGAAGGAACAGACGAGGACAAAGAUAGCUCAGUGCUGUCCAGUUCUAAGUCCAUUACCUCCGAAUCAACCAGCGGCACCACCGUCACCACCACCCAGAUCUCAAAGAUCGUGAAAACUGGAUCCACCGAGACUCGUGUGGAGAAGAGAAUCGUCAUAACUGCAGACUCUGACGUUGACCAAGAUACGGAGAAGCACGGUGGAGCAUCAGCAUUGUAACGCAGUCCUCCCUUGUUUCUCGGACUCGUCACAUCCUCCUUAGACCACAGCGAUCGACACACAGGGACCACUUCUACCUGCGCACAAGAUCUCAGAAAUUUGCCCCUAAAAUGACUCCAUAGAUUCUCGUUGUUUCAGUUGUGGCUGCUAGUUGGUAGGGCUGCACGUCACUGAUCCAAUUUCAUCCUGGUGUUUUUCGCGCCGACACGUUUUUGGUUUAAAAACCAGCCUUUUUUCAUUUGAGUGACAUUUGCUUUAAAAUGCUUUUAUUUUCUUAGUGGUUUUUACUCGUUGAUUUACUUAAAAUAUUUAGUUCAGGAACUAUUAUUAGCUUUUAUUCCCUUGGUGCUACUAGGGAAACGUUAAGACAUUCACGUAAACUCUGUUAUUUACGUAUUUAUUCAAUUCAGGAAAGACUUAAAAAUGAAGAGACAUACCUCGCAUUAAUACAAAGAUAUUGUGUUUAAAUUUGGAAAGUUUUCUUAGGGUUUGUUUACUGCUCAGGUACAAAAAUAAUCUAAUCCUAAAUGGUUGCUCAAGGAACCAGCAGCCUAAACAUUCUUGUAAAGUUUGAAAGGAAAAUUGAUCUAUUUUGAAAUAGUUCUCUAUUUUAUAAAAGUAUGCUUUUAUAGUAUUUGUAAAAAAUAAUCAAGGUUUUUAAGUUGUUCAUAUCUCAAUGAAAUGUUUGCUGAAUUUUGACGGAUCUCUUUAAUGAUCCGGUUUGCCUGAAACCCUGAAUCAUUCUUACUCGUUUCCUCGUGUAGUCCACCAAGUUUCUCACACUUCUCACUCUUUAUAGACGAGUGCUGCCCUCACGUCCGUCUGUUCACCAUCAUCCACGCUGAGAAAGGAAAUGUUGAAUUUACAUAGUUUUACUAAAGGUGGUGGCUUAAGUGUAAAGAGUGAUAGUAUACAUUAUUGAGUGUUUGUUAUGUUAAAAGUUAAUGAACUCUUUACAUUUAAGCAGCCAGGUUUGAAACCAGCUGGUCAAGUAAAUUCAACUGUUCAGUUCUUACAGUGUAGAGGACUUCUAACAGGUUUUGGUUGAAGUUGAGCUAGUUUUGGUCUGCUAAUCUCAGGUUUUGAUGUUUGUUUGUGUAAAACUACAGACCUCCGUGUGAUUAUAUGAGGUUUAAACACAUUUCAGUUGUAUCCAUGUUCAGUCAGGUGAGGUCAAUAAAUCGUCACAUUAACCACGUGUGGAAGAGAUGGAGGCUCGAGUAAAUGUGGCUUUUUCCUCACUGGAGCAGUUUUGUGUGACGUGUAAUACUUGUCGUUGUGCUACACAGUAAAUUAUUUGUAAAGUCAGACCCGUGUGUGAUUUUAAUGUACUGUGGUGUUUUAACACGAGCUGCAGCGCUUCAGCUAGACACGUCCAAUGUUUAUUAUCAACCACGUUUGUAAAGCGUUCUUCGUCCGCGUAGCUCGCUCUCACUCGCCGUGUUUUCUGUAGAGGAAAGUAUGAAGAAUCUUUUAGAUCAGUUUUUAGAAUGUUUUUGAUUUUCUCCUUAAAACCCAUACUCGUUUGUAGCUUCAUGGACAAAAUCCACAAACUUUUCUCCAGGAUGGAUAAGUAGUUUUUAGACAAAUAAACUUUUGUUGCAUUGUGCAUUAUCCUCAUCUUUUUAUGAAAAAAUAAAAGAUAUGCAUUAA